AUGGCAACUGAACAAAACGCAAACCCAACGCAUAUUUCGUGUUCUAUUCGUAUGAAUGUGACAAUGCACGCGGGCAUGGAGCAACGUGUCAAGAGCGCUGUUAAUGGCGCUUGUGCAGCCUUUUAUCAAGAAUGUGGAGGAUUUUUAAUCAACCCGGAGGAGCCGCCAUCUGCUGGAGCUAUUGAAUUUCUCCAGGAUGAGUUUGUCGGCGCGUUAAAAGUGCGUAUUGGAAGUGCCGUCGUUACUCCACUGGAAAUAACUCGUUUAAAUGAGACGCCAGCCAGCACGGCAUACAACAUCUUCCUAGAGAGGCAUGAGGUAAUUGUUGACAUCCUCAUCAAACAGAUCCACUACGAUGGAUUCAACAGGAUCAAUGAAGAGGAUUCCUAA